GAAGGCCCGCGAGUCCACGGCUGGUGAUUCUCGAGCUCGAGUCGAGUUCAGUUUAGUCUUCGCCUGACCGGGGUACGGGCCUUUCUACCGGGCCUGAUUCACCGAUGCCCAGAGCCCGCGUACCGUCCCAGCAAACAGGCCUCCGUUCCUUUCGCGCCCGGUACGCCUCCAGUCCCGGGAGACUUUUGACCCUGAAUACUGGUUCGGUGUCCAGUUCCGGUUACUUCUGAGCUCUGCUGGCACGAGGGAGAAAGGAUCCAACGGAAUUGUGUAUAAACCAGUGUACAGAGUCGGUUCGUGGAUUUCAUCCUUGCUGUUUUAAUAUCUUGGUGCGAGUUUAGCAAUAACGAUGCGACUCCAACUAUUUUGCCUGAUAAUUUUCGCGAGCGUGCUGGUCGUUAGGCAAGCCUCGGCCCACGGAAGACUGAUAGAACCACCGUCGAGGGCCUCGAUGUGGAGGUACGGUUUCGAUACACCGCAUGAUUAUAACGAUCACGAGUGCUAUUGCGGUGGAUUCACCAGGCAAUGGCAACGGAACAAGGGAAAGUGCGGCAUAUGCGGCGACGCUUGGGACGCGCCAGAGCCUCGCCUGCACGAGACCGGCGGUAAAUACGGGAACGGUGUGAUAGUCAGGAAGUACAAAACGGGCUCGGUGAUACCUGUACGCGUCGAACUGACGGCGAACCAUCACGGGUACUUCGAGUUCCGUACGUGCGCGAUGACUUACAGAAAUAAAGAAGUCGAUCAGGAUUGCCUGGACCAACACUUGCUACCGUUGAGGAACGGAUCGACGAGGUAUUACCCCGGGCCGGGGAACAAGAUUUUCGAGGCUUUCUACAAAUUGCCGGAUGGGCUGACUUGCGCUCAAUGCGUCUUUCAAUGGAGAUACGUGGCUGGAAAUAAUUGGGGCGACUGUGGAAACGGGACAGGAGCCGUGGGCUGCGGCCCUCAGGAGGAGUUCCGUGGCUGCGCGGACAUCACCAUCGGGGACGACGUGGAACCGCUUCCGACCGUGGAGACGCCGACGACGUCGGUUCCAAAGUCGCCGACGGAACCGGCAUCGGUGCCGAGCGGACCGUAUUGGUUGCUCAGUAUAAUCAUCGCUGGUACGUGCCUUCUGGUCGCAUUGGCGGCUAUGGCGUUGCUUUAUUCGUAUUAUUAUCACUCCGGCCGAGCCAAAAAGUGGCUUAUGGCAAGGCGGUUGCUGACGCCGGAUAGUCCACCUGUCGCUCCACCGAGGCAUAAAAAACACCACGCGUCCAAUGCACCAAUGCAGUUGUAGAGGGACCGUUUUUUUUUACUUGAACGUAGGGUGACCAAAUUGUUCUGCCAAUUAUGACUGUACUUUUUCGAAUACUACUUCUUGGACUUCUAUAUAACUUGAGAGGCUACGCGAUCUAUUAAUGGGAAUCCUGUGAGCGUACUUUCGUCGUUCUUUUUUAUAUACUUUUUAUACAGCUUGAAGAGACACGAGGAUUCCUUUUGAAAACUAAAGAGGAACGGUCACCCUGAUUUCUAUUAUUAAAAUGUGCUUCGUGAUACAACUUCUCUUACUCGUUUCUUCACUCGAAGGUCUUGAAAUAUGACUUUUCUUUAAAUAGUGACGAUAACGCUAUGAUGUAUGUACGACGGGGAAGUUGUUCUUGUUCUGCGUUUAGAAUAAUCCAUACUUUGCACAUGCAUUCUCAUCUUGUAUAUAUAAACUGUCUUACAUUAAACGUAUUUAUUUUCUAAGAA